GAUGAGCCAGCGACCGACGGCAGGGUAGUAGUAAUAUGGACUUACAAGUAGUAGGAUCCGAACAAGCGACAGAAAGUCCCGAAGUUAGGAUUACUACUACUAAUGCUGGUAGAAGGCUGGAGGCCUCGGUUCCGAUUUUCCAACGGUUAGAAGCCGCAUUCGCGAUAGCUCUCGCUCUUUCGUUCACUCUCUUCUGGAUACACUCGCCUCGCCGAUCCUCUCCUCUCCUCCAGGGUCAGAUCCUCCCGGUUUCGUCAAAUUCGCUAACUUCGCCAGAUUUCGCAGCAGGCGGAGCUGCUGCUUCGCCGCCGUCCGUGAAAGCGCCGGCAGUAUUAGUAGGAGAGGAGUCAGCAUUAGGGAGGUCCGGGAGAGUUUAUAGACAUGCCGACUGGACGCAACGCCCGCAUUCUCAAGCCGACCCUAAUCGGCUCGCGGUAGAUCGCGAACAAUCAGUGUCGGCAAUAGUAGCGGAGUCAGCAAUAUUCAAGUCCGCCAGAGUAUAUAGACACGACGACUGGGAGGGUCGCUCGCAAUUCCACGACUCGGAUUCUCGCAUUUAUCCUACUCUCUCUCCUCCCUCUCUCCUCCCUCUCCUCCCUCCCUCUCCUCUCGCUGCUGGCCCCACCUCCCCUCCCGCCGUGCUCUCAACCGGUACUACGAGCCCUUCGCCUGCUGACGUCGCCGCCGCAUCAUCCCUGCGAAAUCAGCUCGCAUCGUCGCCCCCGAGUUCAAGGUUUUCGCCAUCUCCAGAGAAUUCACCUUCCUCUUAUCCCAAUGACGGCUCUCCUGCUCCUUCCAUCAGCUCUCCUCCUUCCAUCGCCCCUCCUCCUUCCAUCACCCCUCAAAUAUCCGUCCCUCCCUUCUCGAACCUUCCUCCCUCCAGCCCUCCACCCUCCAGCCCUCCACCGUCCAGCUCUCCACCGUCCAGCCCUCCUCUCUCGAACCCACUUCCCUCCAAACCUCCUCCCUCCGACCCUCCCAUCUCCAACCCUCCACCAACCCUCUGGACCCGAAUCCCGGGUUCCGUACUCGAUUCCCCUGAAAAAAUCAGCACAUUUCGGGAGAGAUUCGAGUGCAUAGGGCGGGAGGGAGAGUGGUAUCACGAUGUGACCCCGCGCUACCUGCCAUGGCCGGACGAGAUGAGCAUCUGCGACAAGGACCAUCUGAACCAGAGCUCGAGACACGUGGCGUUUCAAGACGCGGACCAUGUGGUUACACAGAUACAAAAAGUUACAGCGGAGUUAGGGGAGGUUCCUGCUAACCUUAGUAGUAGUGCUCGGCAGGGGAAAGGGGCACCAACACAUGAGGCUAAACAGCAGCUGGAGCAGCUGACGCGGCAGCGGGACGAUCUUAUAAGACAGUGGAAUGUAAGAGAGGCGCUUAAGUACUUCUGGAAAGUUCCAGGAAGUGAAGCAGAGGGAACGGAUAGUGUUUCUGGCAGCAAGUGCAGCGGACCUUGGGAACCGUUCGAUCCGCAGAAGUUUUGCCAGAUUUUGGAUGGGAGGAGUGUGCUUAUAGUGGGUGACUCUAUAAGCAUGCUUCUAGCAGAUGCCAUCAGAUUCAAUGUCAGACUGGGUGCUAAGGAUGAGGCAUCCCGGGUUCGGUGGGACGAGCCGACAGGCUACUGCCAGCGGCUUCGGAAUGCAACUAAGAAGCCAUGGGAUCCCAAAUGCUGGACAGCCGAUCUCUGUGGGGGCUUGGGUUUCUCCGUCCGGCUGUUUUUCGUUCGGGAUUAUUAUCUGAACUCUACAGAAGCAGUCAACAAUUUUAUGGCCGACAAGAGCUUCGACGAGUCGUGGAUGGGUGAGAUUGCAGCGCUGAACAUCUCGAUAGUGGUGAUGAACCGAGGCGCGCACUACAUUUCAGACGAUCAGUUUGAGCGGCAAAUGCAGUCCACACUGCUGGCGCUCCGACAGACAUACCCCGACCUGCUGAUUAUCGUCCGGAAUACACUGGCUGGCCAUCCCGGGUGUUGGCUCCAUAAUGAACCAGUGAGGGACGUGCUGAAACUGCCUCAUGAUGACUGGCACUGGGACGGGUUUGCAGCUCAGAAUGAUAUUUUGAAGCGGCUGGCGGAGGGCGUGGGAGGGGUGUACAUGGAUGUGAAUGUGUCGACAGUGUGGCGGGCGGAUGGGCAUAUUGGGAGGAGGGACUGCCUGCACUACUGCCACCCAGGGCCCGUGGACACAUGGGUGCAGCUGCUGCACAAAAUGCUGCAGGGGCUGUUGGUUGAAAACACCUGAGGGUGUACUCUGUACAUGUUAUUGAGUUGAAAGUUGAAACACUUGCUGAUUU